GUAGAAUGGCAAAUAGCUGAAAAGAUGACACGAACAAAGCAAUGAUAUGACGGCACAUCAUAACGGUUCAUUGAGGCGUGGAGACACUCUUUCUCGGUUUUAGUUCACUGGCCAAAAAACUUCAGGGCACGGGGAGAACGGAACACGGGGGGAUUCGCUGCCCGGGAAAUUAUCAAUGUUCGAAUUCAUUAAGGAAUCUUAAUUAAUCGGAAAACAUAUUUUAUGCUCAGGAUGUCUAUACAUCGGUAUAUGCAGACUUUGUGUUACAUAAGUGUUGUAAUAAUUGGAUUAUCAGCUGCAAAAUUAAAACGAGGCUUUUAUCCUAAUUUGAUUGACUUUUGUGCCAAAGAUGAAGUGUACGUGGGGAUUCCAUGGAACUGUCACGGUUAUCUCCACUGCCAGAAUGCUAACGGACUAAAAAUGCCGUUCUGGAUAGAUUGCCCAUCCACGUUGUAUUAUAAUUACGGAAGCAAAACAUGCACAUGGCCUCAAAACAUCAAUGAACCAUGCCCAGGCACAGGGGAUGUAGUCAUGUCCUUCUGCCCGAACUACCCCAACGUGCAGGUGCUGCAUCCAACCCACUGCGCCCAAUAUUACGACUGUAGCAACAUGAACAACGUACCCAACCAACCUGCAUAUUUAAAUGAAUGUCCAUAUCCCAAACUCUUCAACGCCGACACCCUCAGGUGUGACGAUUAUGCAUCGGUGGACUGUGGAGAGAGAACGGAACCCCUCUCUCCUUGCGAUUACGUCAGACAUCAGUGUUCCGGUCCAGACUGCACGCCGUGUACUGAUUUAAUUCCCGGAUGUGAUGGUGUUCCGAAUGGACCAACGUCAUACCAAGGCAGACUACUAACUAAGUUUUACCUGACGUGUAGGAACAACAAGACCCAGACGAUUGAGAUUUGUCGUGAUGGAGUUUUUGAUCCCGUGCAGGGGCGAUGUACCAAGGAAAUCGAUCCUCGCGCCGUCGACAUUUUGUGUACAACCAAUCCUAAUGCCAGAAUGGAGCAUCCUGGUGACUGCUCCAAGUUCUUUGACUGCCGAGACAGGAAAGAGAUGAUCAAGGAGUGCCCUUAUCCAAACCUGUACUCCCCCACAAAACAGGCGUGUUUAGACUUUGAAGAAGUCCAAUGCCACGGCAGAAGAGAGCCAAAAGCUCCGUGUGACUAUGAUUCUUAUAAAUGUGUUGGAACCAACUGCCCUGUCUGUGAAUUGGAAAAUCCAAGUUGUGAGGGUCUGCCAGACGGCAAAAACGCCUUCCUAGGACGAGAACAGACUCCCUGGUACAUCGAAUGCCGCAAGGAACGGAGUGUCAAUAAACUGACCUGCCCCGGAAACAAUAACUUUGAUCCCGUCAAUCGUCGGUGUUUGGGAGAGGAAACCAUAAGACCCACUCUGUUCCCAGAAAAGGUCCCUUAUGACCCUGAAGAAAUAGCACUGAAGGCUAUAAAUGGGAUACCGCCCAUGAUUGAUGUCAACAGGCAAAUACCACCGCCUCUCACGUUGGACAACAAUGUGAACACGAAGUCCUCCAUAGAUUUAGGCAACAUGUUACCCGGUAACAACAACCGACGGCCAGACCCUAUCCAACCGCUACAGAACAUGCACGAAAUUUGUCGCAGGAACGAAGGGCUUUUACUUGCGGAUCCCACCAACUGCGCUCGUUACUACAACUGUUCCCGUUAUGCUGUGAAAUAUGAAGGAUUUCAACUGAACCAAGACGAAUGCCCAUAUCCUCAGUUAUUUUCCGUAAACACGGGAUUCUGUGAAGAUUUCCCGGAUGUUAAUUGCGAAAGUCGAUAUGUUCCUAAAGCUCCAUGCCAAUAUUUGAAUUCCCAGAGAAAUUGUAAUGGACCAAUGUGCGCUUUGCCUUGUGAAGAAAGGUCGCCAUCUUGUGAAGGAAUGCGAGACGGAAAUAACACUUUUAUUGGAAGAGAGUUAUCUCCCUUCUAUAUCUCCUGUUUCAAAGAAAGAACCUUGUCGGUAGGGAUUUGUCGGUAUGGCGUGUACGACCCAAACCUGAGAUUCUGUACAACGGAACUUGAUCCUUUUUCCGUUGAUACGUUUUGCAAGGAGCGACCAACGAAGGUAUUUCCUCAUAUUGCCAAUUGUGCCAGAUAUUACAAUUGCAGUGCCAGCGGGAGGGAUCCCGUUCUCGGGCGGUACCUCCGGGAAUGUCCCUACCCAGAGCUGUUUAACAUCGAGAGCCUGCGCUGUGUUCAACGGGAAGCGGCAAACUGCAGGUGGCGUUACGAACCUAAGGAUCCAUGCGAAUGGAAGAAAAAUCAGCAUUGCGAGGAUCCGAACUGUGUGCCAUGUGCGGUACGGUAUAACGGGUGUCGACAGAAACCGGACGGAAACCAUCCUGUCCCCAACAAUAACUUUGAAUACUUACAAUGUCAGAAUGGAAAUGUGCUGAGUCUUAGAUCAUGUACACCAAACACAUACGACCCAAUCAAUGCGGAAUGUAGCAUGCCAGAAUACGAUUGCAAGGGGCAGCCUGAUGGAAGAAACCCAAUGCCCGGAAACGAAAUGGGCUAUAUACUUUGCCAAAAAGGAAAUUACGCUGGAAAAGACACAUGCUCUCCGAAUUUCUAUGAUUCUCUCAACAGAAUUUGCCGACCGAGAGCCGACAGGAUUUCAUGUGAAGGACUCUCUGAUAACGUAUAUCCGAUGCCAAGAUCCAACUCUGACUUCUUCAAGUGUGAAGGCAAUGUCCUGGUAGAGUCCGGUUCCUGCAGUCCCUAUUAUUUCGAUCCAGAAAUAAGACAAUGUACUAACACCUUGGCCAAUAGAAACAUACCCAGAGAAGCUACUCCCAAACCGGGACUUUUACUCCCACCAAUACCUCCCCCUGCGCUUACAACUACAACCACUACCAUGGCUCCUAUUCUACGAGAGCAGCCUUCAACUAAUAAGUUAGAUUGUACCGGUAAACCGGACGGUUUUAAUGUAAUUCCUGGAUCUGCCACUGAGUUCUACAUCUGCAGUAACAAUAGGUUUUUAGGUUUUGAUACAUGCAAACCGUACAUUUUUGAUUUUGAACAACGAAGUUGUGCUGUUGCACCCUGUGUAGGAAUGCCGGAUGGACCUACUGCUAUUCCCGGAAAUGACGUAUUUUUUAUUGUUUGCGAAAACCAAUUGAUGAGUCAGCUGCGAUCAUGUUCCCCGGGGAUAUUCAAUCCUGAUAUGCAGAUGUGUGUUGAUAGAAGGAGUUUACAGUUCAACCCCUCUGACCCCGUAGCAUUCUGUACCGAGAAUCCACUAGCAAUCAUGGCACAUCCCGACAACUGCGCACGCUACAUUGACUGCACCAACCGGGACUCUUUGAUUGGUCAAUACCAACAAGAAUGCAAGUACCCGGAUCUGUUCGACAGCUACAAUAACUCAUGUAAAUCUUAUAGAGAGAUCAACUGUGGAACUCGACCGGAACCAAAAGCACCAUGUGACUAUAAGAUGAAUCUGAAAUGUAAGGACCCCUCUGGAUCGUGCCCCCCGUGCGAAGCUAAGCAUCCCAGCUGUAUCGGAAAGAAGAACGGUCUCCAGGCAGUGCCCGGGAAAAGGAACUUCUUCAUGGAAUGUAGAGACGAACGAACAAAGAAAGUAACACAGUGUCCUGUCAUGGCACCCAACUUUGACCCUGCCCUCGGAGCUUGUAGCAUGGGACUAGAUCCAUUGGAUCCAACUCCAUACUGUAGAGCUAACCCGUUCGCAGUCGUUCCGCACCCUGACAACUGUCACCAGUACAUUGACUGUCGACAAAUGAAUACACCCUUAGGGAACUAUCUCCAAGAGUGCCCCUACCCCUUACUAGUUUCCGAGAACGAUACCAACAGCGGCACGCCUUGUCAAUCAUUCGACCUUGUCAACUGUGGAAUGAGAAGUGAACCAAAGAGCCCGUGCGACUACGAGUUUUCCCACAAACCAUGUAACGAUUUGGAUCCCAAUAGCUGUAUCCCAUGCAGUGUCAGACUGCCCAGCUGUCAGAACCUCAGGGACGGGACCCAUCCCCACCCAACCAUCCCCAACAAAUACCUCAUCUGCAAGUCGGAGAGAACGCUGCGAGUUAUGACCUGUCCCAAGGGAGUGUUUGACGAAGUCAGUAGACGCUGUCAUGAGCCUGUUGACACCCGAAAUCCUGCAGUCUUUUGUCAAGUCAAUCCUAACGAGAGACUCCCGGAUCCAGAAAACUGCGCCCGCUUCUACGAGUGCUCACUUCCCAACAGUAAAUAUGGUUCCUAUAUAGACGAGUGCGAGUACCCAAAACUGUACGACGCCGAUGCCAAGAGAUGCAGACCGUUCAUGCAGGUGAAAUGUGGCUCCAGAAGAAUUCCCAUUGAUCCAUGUGAAUACAUCCAAAACGAAUUUUGCCCGCCAGGACAACCCUCGUGUAAGCCGUGUAGGGAGCGUAUCCCGUCAUGCAAUGGUCUUCCGAACGGAAACAACACAUAUCCCGGACAGGAUGGCGGACCAUUAUACAUCACGUGCUUUAACGAUAGGACCAUAUUUGUUCGGACUUGUGAAGAGGGAAUUUUUGACUCACGUGUUAGAGCUUGUGUUCGCUUGGCAUCAGAAAUUGAUCCAGCCAAUCCGCGUGCGUACUGUGAUGUCAACCCCGGUAUUCGAGUGGCUCACCCCACAGAUUGCUCGAAGUACUUCGACUGCUCCAGACCUAGUGGUGACCACGGACCUUACUUGUUUGAGUGCAAAUACCCGGACUUGUUCAGUCAGACGUCCAAUAGAUGUGAAGGAUAUAACACUGUUAAUUGUGGUUCCAAAUUGGUACCACUUAAUCCUUGUGACCACCUUCAGAACCAGUGUAAGCCCGGGGAUGUUAAUUGCGAACCCUGCGCAGAUAGACUUCCGUCAUGUGUCGGGCGGAAAAAUGGUAACAAUACAAUCCCUGGGAGAGACUUGACAGACUCGUUCGUAAUCUGCUGGGAAGGAAGAACAGUUAGUGUGGAGCAGUGCCCCCGGGGAUUCUUCGACCCCGUGCAAAGGAAGUGUAGAACCGAAAUCGGCGCAGCGGCGAUACGGGCUUAUUGCACGGCUCACCCGGGGGAUAUAAAGGCAAAUCCAGUCAACUGUGCCCAGUAUUUUGACUGCGGAGAAGAAAGUAUCAAAGCCCGAACCUUUCUGCGGGAAUGUCCGUACCCUCAUCUUUUCAACGACAAGACCUCAACCUGUUUAAACUUUACAAUGGUGGAAUGUGGGAAGAGGCGGGAGUACACUGCCCCAUGUGAUUAUUUACAAAAUCGAUGUCCGCCCUCUAAUCCGAGCUGUAAACCAUGUGGAGAGCGUCAUUUUGACUGUUCAAAUCUUGGAGACGGUCUUCACGCUGUCAGCAAAGACACGCCCACGAGCGAUUACGCCAUUUGCUUUCGGGGCAGAACAAUCGCUACUGAGUCAUGUCCUGAUGGACUAUUUGAUUCUGCUCAAAGACGGUGCGUCGGAAGCGUUACAGAAGAUAUGGUAAAACAGCACUGCCGUGAUAACCCCAUGGCUAUCCUAGCCCAUCCAUUCCAAUGUGCGCAAUACUAUGACUGCAGACGGGCGAUCGGAAACAGCCACCUGAGGGAGUGCAAAUAUCCACAACUGUUCGACAAAAACACCAUGACCUGCAGAAACUUCAGUGAGGUCGCCUGCGAAGAUCGCAUCGAACCCCAAGCACCUUGUGAUUACCUACAGAAUCAUUGUGAGCUGAAUGCCACAGAUUGUACACCCUGCGAGGAGCGGCUCCCAAGCUGUAUCAACCUCCCGGACAACAACAGUCCAUACCCUAACAAAGAAGACUCAGAAUACUAUAUCAAAUGUUACCGUAACCGAACCGUGUCGGUGGAAGCGUGUCAAGUGUCUAAAUAUAAUCUCGCCACCCGAGAGUGCUCGGAGAAAGUAGAUCCACAGAUCCUGGGGAAAUUUUGCCGUGAGAAUCCUUCUUUGAUAAUCCCAGAUCCGGAAAACUGCGGGAGAUACUAUAAUUGUAGCGACCCUUCAGUGGUCCGGGGACUAGACCGCCCCUUCCUCAGGGAGUGCUCAUACCCAAAGCUAUUCGCAUCACCGGCGGUCGGAUGCCAAUUGUUCAUGAUGGUGGACUGUGCCAAACGCAAAUCUGUGCCUAUGUCUCCUUGUGAAUACGUAGAAAACCAAUGUUUCGGACCAAACUGUGAACCGUGUGAAAGUAAAUUCCCCGCUUGUAUAAAUAAACAAGACGGCAGUAACGUGUUCCCGGGCCGAGAAAAUACGGGAUACUAUAUCGUAUGUUACCGCCAAAGAACAGUUGCCAUAGUGUCGUGCAACCAAGGAAUCUACAGUCAUUUUGAGCGCGCAUGCGUUGGCGAUCCAAAACCACGAGUACAAUAGUCAUAUAUUAUUUAAAGGAGUACAUGUCAAACUGUAAAUAUUAUGUACUAAUAUUAUGUGUCUCACUUCUGCUCAUCAAAAGUUGAAGACUAUUGAAAUCUCAAUGGAUGUGUUCAUAUUGUUGAACUCGCAAACAGGAUUUCUACAAAUUGCAUUUUGGACGUAACAACGAGAAGCAGAUAAUGAGGACAUGGGCCAUGUUACUCUGAUAAACCAAGAGGAAGGGUCCGCAAAAUCAGAUGUACUGUCGACACACGUAUAAACUUAAGUCUCUCAGCAGCUGCCUUUCUAACAUAUUAAUCAAACCACAAUUUGAUAUAUUGGGGAUUACUUGACUAAAGCUGACAUGGACAAAGACUAUAUAAAAUCUGGGUAAUUUUGUUCGGAAUUGCAUUGCACAUGCAAACUUAAAUAUUCAUAUACAUGUACGUGUGCAUCAUCAACUAUUUGCAUUUUCAUGAAUAUUCAUUAUUGUAGCUCUGGAUCACAACUUCUAUCAGAUUGAUUCUUAAACUACCUCUAUAUCAAAGAAACUUUAACGGCGUUGUCAAUUUUCAUGGUCUUUCCAGAUGAAGUGAUCACGCUCUAGCAAUCACCAAUUUAGUGUAUAUAUGUAUAGUUGACAAAUAUUUAAAACUUGAUUUUCAGCUACCUAUAGCAAUUAAGGGAACACAUACUUACAAGAUGGUUAUGUAGUAUACUCGUGUAGGUUUAAUUUCUGUUGAUGAAAAUUGAGAAAAGUCAGUACUAAAACUCAACAUCAUCUUUAAUGCUAUGAUUAUAUGUUUACUACCAUUUGCUGUAUAUUUUUACAUCCUGUUACCAUAAAAAGAAGCUUUAUAUUGUCAGCAACACAAUCAUUCUUCUGUCAUGUGUAUUUAUUGAACAUCUUGUUAACUUAUGGUACUUAAUAAAAAUGAUUUGAAUUCUCGAA